AUGAUGGAAGAAGAAGAUUCGUAUGGAUUUGAACAAACUCUGGUAGGAUAAAUUUAAGUUUCAAAAUGUUUGUGCUCAUUUUGUGGACAACUAGACAUAAACAAAUUUUCGUGAGCGGUUCGCUCGUGCGAAAGUUGGUUGUCGAUUUACUUUGUGUAUUUAAAAUCUAUUGAUUCCAAUUUUUUCCUACAUGAGAAAGAAAAGAAUCGACUACUAAUUAACUGCCUAUAAUACGGUUGUCAAAGCACAGGUUUGGAACGAAAUUAACGCCUGAUAAAUCACUACACGCGUCUGUUCGUUCAGCUGUUCUACAGUAAUUCAGCUUUUCUUGUUGUCAUCACGGUAUUCCCAAACACUUAAAGUUAUGUGUAACGAAAUUAAAUAGUGCCUACAAAAUCUUUGUAAAGUUUUUUCGUGCUUUAUUAGAUUUUGCAAAUUUCGUUUUCGAAUGUUUACCGGUAUCAAAACAACGUGUAUUACGUCCGGUGUUUAUGUACCGGAUAUUUGUGAUGAGUAUAACAUGAGCUGUUUAUUUGAUGUGACGAUUCCUUUUGCGGUCUGUGAAACACUGAUCAAAGGAUACGUGAGCCUAGAUAAAACGUUUGGGAACUCGUUUCUCCCCUUUGGGAUUAGUAAAGCAAGGGAACAGGGCUUAGAGCUCUGGCUGUCACACAUGUUGCAAAUUUGAUCGGGGAGGUUUUUCUCGAUCCGGAUGUUCCGGAUUGCGCCUCUCUUAGAAACCAUCACUUAACCAUUUAAAUUCCAAUUGAUCUGGAAUGUACAAAAACAUAUAAGCAAGCCAACAUUUGUUGAUCAACAAAUGUCGCAGUUGUUGGUAUUCAACAAGUUGCAAUAGCUGUGGCCAUGUGACUGAGAGACGAGAUCCUGGUGUCCAUUCUGCUCUUAUGUUCUUGCUGAAGCUUGUCGCAUUCGUAAGUGGCUAAUCCAUUACUCUGUUUAUACAGCAUAUAGAGAUGUGUGUCAGAUCGCCUGAGCUCCAGAGAUUUCCAUUUAAGAGAAGAUAACAUAUCAGUGACACUGUCUAAUCUGUGUUAGCGCCCGGGUACCCAGCGAGCUGCUCAGCGUUGAAUCAUUUUGACCUGUUGUAUGUUCUUAGCUACGUAAGGGUCCCAGACAGUGACACUGUAUUCAACAAUCAGUCUCACAAGGGCUUUGUAAGCUUGUUCUUUGGAUUUGGCCGAACAAGUGUGGAGAUUGUGACAUAGAAAGUUGCUUUGGUGGUAAUUUCAUGUACAUGAUCAUUCCAGCAUAAAUCAUGCAAGAGGUUGAUCCCUAAAUAUUUAGUAGUAUCAACAGUUUCUAGGACCUAGCCAUGAAGUUUGUACUGAAAUUUGAAAGGUGUACAUCUGCGUGUUACCCUUAUAAUGUUGCACUUGCUUGGAUUAAAUUCCAUACACCAGUCGGAUUCCCAUUUUUCCAAGCUGUGAAGGUCAUCUUGUAAUUGCCAGCAAUUGCUCUCAGUUUUUAUUGUAAGGUAAAUGACAGUGUCAUCGGUAAAAAGAUGGACCCUUGACUUAACAUAGCAUGAGAGAUCAUUUAUAAGAAUAAGAAAUCUUAAUGGCCCCAGCACUGAUCCUUGGGGUACACCUGAUGUUACCGGAACUGAAUGUGAAUGCUCUCCUUCUAGAACUACACUUUGUCUUCUUUUCUCAAGAAAACUUCAACCACUGCAAUGUAGUGUCAUCAAAGCCACACUUAAACAAUUUGUAUAGCAAGCUGUUGCGUGGAAACUUGUCAAAUGCCUUGCUAAAGGUAUUCAUAUUAGCCAUGAAUGGCUAUGGCCCACAGGGGAACAACCUUUUUUUGGGGAACUGAUUUUCGCAAAGUGAAGUUGCCUGGUGAAAUUUUCCAUGGAUACAUCAUCAAAAGGGAGGGGAAAGCAAAAGGGAGCAGAAUGUUCCAAAGUGUUUCAAGGUUUUUGUGUGAGAUUGUAGCUUAGACUGUAGUGAGUAUAAAGUAUCUAGCGGCAAUAAUGCUGGUUUUUGGAGGAAUUUGAAGAUAGUGAAGAUUAAAGAAUUAAAAGUUCACCUUUGAGUUUCAUAUGUUGUAGAUGUAUGGCCGUUUUACGACCACACAGCUUCAAAAAUAUGCCAAGGAACAGGGUGCAAGAUUGCGGAGAGAGCAACAACAGAAGGAACAACAACAAGCUGAGGAUGAUUUUAAAAAUUAUGAUGAUUCUUGCCUUUCAUAUUUUAAAAGUGAGUAUAUUAAAUUUGUGCUUUAUAUAUAUCUGUGCAGAAAGUGAAGUAAGACUAAUCUUCAGUCUUAUUUCGUCAGCCUUCCUUUAUGACAGAGAGGGGUUAUUUACUCUUACAAAAAAUUUGGGUGAGAAGGAGGGAUAGUGUCAAGGUUGUGCUCUAAGAAAAAUUUUAGGGAGCCCCUUGGCCUGAACCUGAAAAAUCCAGGGUGCAUGCUCAGCAUAUGAUUUCUAUGCAAAAACUGAGAUUUCCUAGUCUCCCAUGAGGAAAAGUUAGCUACUACAGGCCACCAGGUGCUAGUAGAGUACAGCCUUGGGUAAACUUAGAUAGUUGUCCAGCCAACACACUAUUGCUCACCGAUUCAAGUAAUUUUUCAAACACAAUAUGCACAAUAUGUUUGUUCUGAUAUCCAGACACCAACCAAUGUCAUGGUUAGCAUGUGUAGUGAUUUCUCUUGUUCUCUCCUGGAAUAUUAGUGAGUUAAAUAACUACAAUCUUGGACCAAGUGAAAUGGAAUAGUAAACCCCCCAUCUCCCCAAAUCAAGGAUGAAGCCGUGCGAAAACCAAAAUGCACCAUUUUCCCAUCCUUGAUUUGGGAGCAUGGGGGACCACGCUGGCUUUUUUUUUCCAAAAUGGGACCCAUCAGCCAGGGGCCUUCAUGGUAAUUAUAUUUUAUUUUGAUGAAGUGAAGGAAUUCAGUUAAGUUAGGUUGUGGCAGCAGUUGAUAGGUCAUUGUUGCCUGAGCAUGCUCAAAUUUUUUUCACGACUGAAAUCAGCUGUACCGUUUGCUUCUCUAGCAAAAAUUAAGCAAGUACUCCCUACUCAGUAAUAUUUUUAUUAGGUACCUAAAUGUAUUUUUGUAUAAUAUUCCUAGUAAUGCUUGUUUCCCCUUAAAUGCUUUCUUUUAGGGUGUAUAGAAUGGCUACGUCCGUGCUGGAGUCGACUGGGUAGCGACUGGGUUUUUCUUUUAAUUCUUGGAAUAAUCAUGGCACUGAUUAGUUUUGUGUUAGAUUUGGCAAUUGAAAAAUGUCAAACAGGUGAGUACAAAUACUAUCACACAAAAACACAGCUCAGAGAUAUUGUAGUUCAGAAAUUUGUGCCCAUAUUGUAUUUUGCUCAUCACAAUUCUAUUCUUCCAUAGAUGGCUAUUGAUAAUUUAGUAAAAUCCAACUAGUGGUCUAUUAUCAAUGCUGCGUUCUAAUAAUAUUAUUGGUUGAGCUACUACUAGGCUAUAUGUUAUAGCCCACUAGUAGCAAAAAGCGCCGGCUUUGAAGACCAAAACAUUGGUGGCUGAACUGUGUUUUGCUAGCUAAAGUUGUUUUGUCUUGAUAUUUUUGACCAACUAGUUGGAUUUUACUAUAACAAUUAUUAUUCGUCUUGCCCCCGUGGCCUCUGAGUCAUUAGCCCAUUUGGCCUUUGGCCUCAUGCUUUGGCUCAGGCUAUUGACUCAGAGCCCAUUCAGGCUCGAGGAAUAAUUGUUAGAUAGACUAGGUUAAACUGGAGUUGAUUGUUAGAAACAGAGCUCUGUAAAAACUGAAAAGUAUUUGUUCACAGUCUUAAAUGUUGUAAUAAUUAUUGUAAAAGAAAAGAAAAAGAAAAAAUAAUACUGUUGUUUAAUCUACAACCUUAAAUUAAUAAAUUAUUUUAACACUAAGAAACAAAAUAAUACCAUAUGGAAGUACAUGAAUGUAAUAAAGGUGGACCAGAGGUUUCAUUUCAGGGGUUACAUCAUAGGAAUUCAAAACAAACUAAAAAGUUAGAGCUACAUAACAUACAUGUAACUUAAAAAUUGACUUUGGGAGUGACAUUGUUGAAUUGGGGCAACACAACUUUUAACCCAGUCAAGUAUUAUUGGUCUAUUAUUUAACUUUCAGCGCACAUUUGGCUUUACAAUGUAUCAAGCAACACUUUCGUACAGUAUAUUGUGUGGACUUGCUUUCCACUGACUCUUAUCACUUUCUCUGUUGGCUUCACAUAUCUUGUUUCACCUCAUGCUAUUGGUAAGUUUUUCACUAUGCAAUGUAUAAAUUUAUACUACAGUCGACUCGCAAUAACUUGAACCUUCAAGGGAAAUUGGAAAAAGUUUAAGUUAUUGGGAGUUUGAAGUAAUAAACCAGAAGUAGGGAAAUGGAAAUAGGAAGGAAUGCAAGCAUCAUGCACACUUCACAGGAGAGCACUUAACAUGGACUCACAAAAAAGUAAAGACCAAAAAUACAUGGUUGUUUUGAAAUAAAUUUAAUGUUUUGGACUACAGUUCACUGCUUUUUUUCGACUUGUCACAUGCUUAAAAACAUGGUUCGAGUUAAUGAUGGUAAAACUGCAUAAAAAUGAUCUGAAGGGAAACAAAAAUUACCUCGAGUUAGUGGGAGGUUAGAGUUAUGGAGGGUUUCGAGUUACUGUGAGUAAAAUUACAGUAAAUGUAUGAAGGAAAUCCAGGGGAAAUCGAUUUUGGUUCGAGUUAGCGAGGGUUCGAGUUAUCGGGAGUCAACUGUAUGUACAAUUGAUUAAGGUGGCUCACACUGACUUCAAGGAUUCUUAGGUGUGACCUCAACAUUGAUGGAUCAAUACAUUAUUAUAGUUGAAAUUAAAAACCACCUUUUUAAAUUCAACCAACAAAGAUGGUAUUAAAGAUACCAUAGUUACCAUAAGUUACCUUGGCAACAUUACAACCCCUGAAAAAUACUCAGUUGAGCUUGGAAAAUAUGAGUCACUGAACCCCUGUUUUUCAGCUUGUCAAAACGUACCUUUCGAUAAAGGUAAAAAUUCUGUCAAUGCAAAAAAGAAAUAUUAGAAAUUGACUAUUGAUUCAAAGUCUUUUUCUCUUGUUUCAGGAUCAGGCAUUCCUGAAAUGAAAGUUAUUUUAAGGGGAACAGUGCUAAAACGUUAUUUGUCAUUAAGAACAUUGAUUGCUAAAGUGGUAAGUUUAAUAGGCUACAAUGCUUUUAAAGUUUUGAGAACUGUUUAUAGAAAGAAUAUCAAAUCUGCACUUGAGUAAUCCCAACAACUAUGUCAGAGAUGAAUGAAGGUAUGAUUUACAUGUAAAUUCUGCACCAUAAUAAUGCUGAGUUACAAGAUGCCUGCACUUUGGCAAACGACAGCUAUAUGAGUAAAAUCAAUGUGCACUGCACUUUUUUGCAGGAAGUCUCGUGAAUACUUAGAUGCUUAUAAAUGAUAAUGUUUCAUCCACUAAGUAGAGUGCUUAUUUGAUUAAACCUUAACUAAUUGAAGCAAUAAAAUGUGUAGACCAGUUCCAUAUUUGAAUUGUCUGUACACAGAUUGGUCUUCUAACUGCAUUAGGAAGCAGUAUUCCAAUUGGAAAAGAGGUGAGUUUUGUGAUUGUGUAGCUGCUUGCAACACUGUACAUAUGACUGUUGUGUUGAGGUUCACUUUUGUCCUUGGUUUGAAUUAAUGUAUAUUUGUUUGUUUAUGGGUAUGUGUGAUAAUGAGAUUGAAAUGAAGGAAAUAAAAAUUUAAACCAAGGAUUACAUUAAAGCAAAAUAUAUAUUUUUGGGUACAAUUCUACUUCCUUUUGUCUUUUUUUGGUUAAUUCAUAGAUGACUAAUAUUUUUUUAAUAAAUAAUUUUAUUAAGUUUGACAUAACUACUUCCCACAGGGACCUUUUGUUCAUAUUGCAAGUAUGGUAGCUCGAUCCAUGGGAAAGUUUGUGGCAUCAUUUAAAGGAAUUUACACAGUAAGAUGAAAUGUUUCUUUUUGAUUGUCGCACUUUGUUUUUAACGAAAGCUUAAAGCUUUUUCCAUCAACAUUGGUCUACUGAUUGCUGGACAGGAACUUAAGUCCACAACUUUUUCCUCAAGGAAUUGCCAAAAAAUUAACAGUUCAAAACUUAGGGUGUUUUAGAAUAUCAUAAUGUUCAACUCUUAAUGAACAUUUACAAGUACUAGCUCUGUUACUAAUCUGUUAUUUUGUAUGAUUGUGAAAUUUUUAGAAUGAGUCCAGAAAUACAGAAAUGUUAGCAGCAGCUUGCGCAGUAGGUGUAUCAAGUUGUUUUGGAUCUCCCAUCGGAGGUAUGUAUUAUGUUACAGGACAAAAUUACAUUCAGUGUAAAAUUUUUUUACCUACCGGUAGGUUGAUUCUCAAUUUCCUUUCCUCCUGUCCCUGAUUAUUCAUGAAUUAGUGCUAGGAGGCAAAGGAAAUUAGGCAUCAACCUAGGUUUAAAAAAAUUAACCUGAAUUUAAUUUUGACCUGUAACAUAUAUGAGCAACAUCGAUGUUCAUGCAGCGACCAUGUAGGGGCAUCAAGGUGGUGUAGUGAAAAUUAAAGAUGGCAGCACAGUAAUAAAGUGAAAAACUGAUAUAUUUGUAUGUUUUUUUGAACAUUUUUUUUUUCAAACCUGUGCAAGAUAGAAUAGCCAUUGUCAAGGGCACGUACAAAAGGUUUGACAUUAUUACUGUAGUAUUAAUUGGUGCAACUUGUAUAUAGUGGUCACCACUCAAAUGUUAAGAGUGCAGUUUUGUAAGAAUGGCAGUUAUUUGCAUUUUGCAAUAAACAAAUUUUCUGUUGGUUCUUUUUUAAAAAACCUUUGCUUAGUUGUGGCUGUUUUACCAGUAACCCCAUUUUGGGGGAAAACAAUAAACAAACAAAUAUGAUUAUUGAACAUGUGAGGGUUAUUAUUCAAUAUCAUAAUCCCACAACUUAUCACUAAUUUUGUUAUUCUAUAGGUGUGUUGUUCAGUAUUGAGGUAACUGCAACAUAUUUUGCCGUGCGGAAUUACUGGCGAGGAUUCUUUGCAGCUGUUUGUGGAGCACUCAUGUUUCGCCUUCUAGCUGUGUUUGAUAAAGAAGAAGGUGCUUUUAUUAAUAGCCACUGAGUUUAAAAUUGUUUUAAAAUUCCGUCUGUUGUAUUCAUUUUCCCGUCCUUGACCUAAUGUGUUUUUAAGAUAAUUUACGUAGCUAGAGCUUUAGUUGAAGCACUCGUCUGAUAAAGCUGACAAGUCUAUUAUGUCCUGAAACAAGAGUAGAAAAAUUCAGUUAAAAACCCUUCAUUAAGCAUAUUGAAGUGCAUAAUUAAUUUGAAGACUUCAACUGUGCGCCAUUGAGUUCAGCAGCUACUCUGAGAAGUGCAACCCCAACUCAAAAACACACAUUUAGUCAUUAACUGUUUGCUUGUUGGGUGUAAUUUCAAAUGCAAGGCCCGUACCAUCAGCAACUUUUGUGACAGUAGAAGAUGGUUAAUACUAGGUAAUUGUCAAAUUACUUGAUAUCUAAACAAAUUGUGUUCUUUUCGCAGAAACGGUUACUGCUCUUUUCAAGACAAAUUUUAGACUAGACUUUCCCUUUGAUGUGGAAGAGUUUCUGGCUUUUGCAUUAAUCGGGUAAGUAAGUCUAAUAUCUGCACUGUUCCACUGCAAACAUUAUUCUCUACCCUCUGUAAGCCCUGCUCCCUCUCUUUGGUCCUCUGAAAUACACCAUUUCAAUAUCAGUCUUCUCACAAUUUUCUCAGAAUUUUAUAAACCUUUAUGUUGUAGGUAUGGAUUAUUUGUGGAAGUAAAAUUUGCUUAUUAGUAAUUUCAUAUUCUCAGAGGCAAACAAUGCAAGGUCAAAAUAAUUAUACUCAGUGUCAGUUGUUAGUAUACUUACAUCUUCAUCUAAGUAACUGAACCCAGUUGUUCGAAGGCCGAUUAGCGCUUAACCCCGGUUUAAAUUUAACGCGGGUUUCUUUUUCUUGUGUUCAAAAGCAUUUUCUUGGAUAAUUUUCGGUGGUAUUUUUAGAGCUUCCUAUCAUCAACUUGUAGACAAAAAGAAUUAAAACUGAAAUGCUUUUUAAGCUUUCAAAUCUGAAUUCAAAUCUCACACUAACACUGGGUUAUCUUAACCCAGCUUUGAACAACUCGGCCCUGGUGUCUAGUCUUAUGUGGUAAUCAGUUUAUGUAUGAAUGUAAAUGAGUUUGACAUAUUUCUUUGUUUUUAGAUUGUUUUGUGGUUUCGGAGGAGCCUUGUUUGUGUUUACACAUAGAAAGCUUGUUGAUAUGCAGAGAACACACAAACACACCAAGCUGGCAAAGUUUCUCACAAAGAAGUAAGUUACAGACAUGGCAACCUCAGCUGGAGAACUGAAUUCUGGAGUCUUUAUCUUGCACUGCACUGCACUGCCCUCCCUUCCCAUCCUCAGCCCACCCCACCCCCAGUAGCAACACAGAAAUAGUUAAUGACAGUGUUGAAAGGACCCUUAAUUAUUCUGCUAGAAACUGCUACAAUUAUUAUUUUAACUUGAGAUUAAUGCUUAAGUUUGGGGCAAAAGUACAAAAAAGUUGCAAGGCCUCUUAUAUAUUGGGAAAUAGUAAAAUAAUUAUGACUCUUGUGGGAGAGUGAGAUAUUUAUCCUCUAUUUUAGAGACUUCUGGAUAAUCCAGGGGUCAGUUGUGUAAAACCCAUAAUUUGUUGGACGUAACCUAUGAUGUCUGGCAGGGUGCAAAUAAAGUCGGUUUUACAGAUUUCAUUUGCCAGGCAGGCAAGUUAAGAACAUAAGUCACUAGCCCGAAAGUAAAAUCCACUAACCACAGGCUAUCUGACACUACUUUCUUUGCACGCUGUCUUGCAUUGAAUUAAGGAGUUUGACUGGGCUGAACAAUUCAAAUAUGCAAUUUUAGUCCCAGGAGAGUCCACAAAAAAGUUAUGCACGUGCUUGCCCUCCUUGAUAAGCCCUAACAGUCUCAACCAUCUUUCCUUUUUUCCAUUAUAUUCUUUAUUAUUUGGUAUCGUAACUAGGUGUUUUGUAACUUUUUAUUACAGCCGUUUUGUGUAUCCAGCUGUAGUGAUUUUCGUUAUUGCUACUAUAACGUUUCCAAAGGGACUUGGGCAAUUCAUGGCAGGAGAGGUGGGUCUUCAUUCCAUGGUUAUCACUAAUAUUAACUAAACAAAGUGUUGUAUGUAGGAAGAAGGAUUAGCAGAGUUGGUUAGUGCACGGCCUUCUGUGCUGGAGAUCCCAAUUGUGACUCCCAGAUGUGACCUCAAAUCCUUCUUUUGACCUCUUUCCUUUCUAUUUAGCUUUAAGGAGGCCCUGCCGGGGGGGUGGGGGGGUCCCAUGUCGCCCAUCUGAAUUUUAAGAUGUCUUGUGUUGGUGUUUAUAAAUGCUUGUCACUUAUUGUCGGCUUUGCCAUCACUGUCGCAAUUUGGCCGAGGGAGGUUGUCUCUUGUCGCGAUUUCAUUUUACGUGCUGUCACUACUUUUUGGGCCAUGUCGCUUGUCGGAAUUUACCCUGGCAGGGCCUCUUUAAGUAGCUGUAAAUAUCCAUAAGAUGGAGCACUGAUGGAGGGUGCACCAUCAGUCUCAGGCUUGUUAGUGAGAUGACUAUUUCAAGUUGCUGACAUAAAAUAAGGACUCCUCACUGUACCUUUUUUAAAAUGAUAACAUCCACCUGUCUUACUAUUGAUUUUUAUACUAAAUAGUGUAAAAUGUCUUUUGUCAUCAGUUAACGUCACAGCAAGCAAUAGAUGAGCUGUUUAUGAACAUCACAUGGUCUGAAGCACAAAACUCUGAAGAUCAAGCAAGUUUAAAUGUUCUAGAACAUUGGGAUGGAGCCAAUACUAAUAUCUAUGUCACCUUGGUUAUAUUUAUUGUCCUUAAGGUACUUAUUGGAAACAUUUAUGGCCCCGGUUGUUCAACAAUGGAUAGCGCUGUCUGCUGGAUAAAUUACUAUACAGUGGAUAAGUAUUAGGGAAACCAAUUGCACUAUUUACUAGAUAGAGAUAAAUCCAGUGGAUUGAAGAACUGGGGCCGUUCUUGGUUUCUGUAGUCUAAUUUCUGGGCUGUUCGAUAAUAUGUGAUCUUUAAAGAAAAAAAUUAUCCAACAUUAUUUUAUAUUCUUGUCUUUUAUCAAUCAUAAUUAUGAAAAACAAAACAAAUGGAUAAAAUUCUCAAAAGGUUUUUUGCUCCUCUGUAAAUCCUCUAUUAAUUUUCAAAAGGUCCAUAGGCUUAAAUUACUUUCAGAUUUCGAUUUAUUUUGUUUGUUUCAUUUCUUUGCAAUUGUGAUUGACAGAGACAAAAAACAUAACUGUUAAUAUUGGUUGAAGCUUGUACUUUAAAGGUUGCAUGUUAUUGAAAAGUGCAGUAGUUUGGGUUUCGUUGUGAUUCUGUAGUGAUGCUGUCUGUAACUUAUCACCAAAUAAAUUUUCUCUUCUCUUGGCUUUUUUUGUUACAGUUUAUAAUGACCGCAGUAUCUGUUGCUUUACCCAUUCCUGCUGGUGUCUUCUUCCCCGUCUUUUUAAUUGGUAAGAGAUUAUUUUCAUGAUUUAUUACUUUAAUAGGUUUUACCCAUGCAGGAAUGUAGAGAUGAACCUGAGAUCUACAACUACCAACAGAUUCAACUCUCAAAUAACAAACUAAUGGAAUCUUACGGGUAGGCUUGGCCUGGUUUGACUGUGAAUGCAAGCAUCAAUCAUUUGAGUUAUUGCUGUUUUUGUAGGAGCGGCAUUUGGUCGUCUUGUGGGCGAAGCCAUGGCAACAUGGUUUCCUGAUGGUGUUAACUCUGGAGAUGCUAUCACACCCAUUGUUCCUGGAGGAUACGCUGUUGUUGGUAAGGACAUAUGAUAGAACUAAGUUUUCUGAUGUAGCUGUACUGUUUCUCUCAAGCCUACUCCACAAGUUUAAAGAAUUAAUUGUUGUUGGAAAUACAGCCAAACCUCCCUUAAGCAAUCACCCAAAAUGGGAAGAAUUAAUGGUUGCUUAUGGAAGGUGAUUGCUUAUGAGGAUCAAACCACAGGGGGUGUCUUCCAACAAGAGGUUUGGACUCAUCUACUCUAGCGAAGAUGAUUUAAUGCAUGCAAUUUCUAAGUUUCAAUGCAUGUAUGUGCAGUUCUAUGUUGUCACUAAGAGUUCUUUGCAUAUACCUUGGGUGCAUUCCUUUGGGAUGACCCAUCUCAUGAUCAGUGAUACAGAGAUCACUCAGAUCACAUGCAUCAAAGAAAGUGAUGAAUUCUCUCAGGGCAGCUAUUUAUUGGUUCCUUUGAUGCACAUGGAUCUAAAUAAUCCUGGAUCCCUGAGGAUUCCAGAGGCCCUGCUAGGGGCGGGGGUCCCAUGUCACCCAUCUGAAUUUUAAAACGUCUCGUGUGGGUGUUUAUAAAUGCUUGUCGCUUAUUGUUGACUUUGCCGUCACUGUCGCAAUUUGGCUGAGGGAGGUUGUCUCUUGUUGGGAUUUCAUUUAACGCGCUGUCACUACUUUUUGGGCCAUGUCGCUUGUCAGAAUUUACCCUGGCAGAGCCUCAUUCCACCCCUAAACUUUUAGUCAUUUCUUUCAUUUUCCAGGGAAACAGCUGAUCAUAGUUAUAUGUGCCUACUGUUUUUGUUUUGUGGUACACAGGAGCUGCAGCAAUGUCAGCAGCUGUUACACACACCAUUUCUACAUCUGUGAUUGUGUUUGAACUCACUGGACAAAUCACACACAUUCUACCUGUUAUGGUAUGUUCUAUGCAAUCCUUAACUUGUACAGUGCUUGGGUGACUAGUCAGAAUAAAGGUGCAAGUAUCUUUUCACUUCUGAUAAAAUACUAGAUUUAUCUUCCAGUGUGUCUGGUACAUACUUGUCAAUCAUGGAGAGAAUUUGAAAGUAGAUCAGGAGACACUUGCCAUGGGCCUUAUUCCAUCCAUCCGUUCACAGUUUAAAUUAAUAUCAUAAUCUUCUAUUUUGUUCAUUUGGAUUGGAACUGUGCAUUAUAUUAUUGCCAGUCUCACAACUGCAUCCUCAGCUGUAUUGAAGAAUGCAAAAUGAUUGCAUACAUGAAUUAAUCUGAUUAAUUUCUUUUUCUAUUGUAGAUUGCUGUUUUGAUUGCUAAUGCUAUUGCACAGUGGCUGCAGCCAUCAUUUUACGAUAGCAUUAUUCAAAUCAAGAGGCUGCCAUAUCUUCCUGAUGUUACAAAAACUCAGUAAGCAACAAACACAGAGUUUCUUCGGACUCCACUUAUAUCUGCUGUGCUCUAAGGAAACCUGAAGGGAGCCCAGUGCUCUGAAGCUGUAAAUUCUAGGUUGCCCAGCAUAGGAUUUGUAUGGAAAGACUAAGACUCUUGUUGGCCAAGAGCAAAAGUUGGGUGCUAGGGGUGACCAUUGCUCUGCUAGAGCACAGCCCCAUAGACAAUUUAUUUCACCUCUAUCCCUGACAUCAUUGAAAACACCUUUGAAUGAUGUAGCUGAAACGUUUAAGGGUUUGGACAACAUCCCUUGGUAUGACUUUAAAUGAACUCACUUUGUUAGAACCUGCACUUUUUAAUAGUACAAUUUUGCUAUUUUUUUUCUCCCUAUUCUACAAAUUGAGAUUUUUUUUUUUUGUUACCUGUUUGGAGUAGAAAUUUCUGAUUGGUUUGUCUUAUGACUUUCAGGGUUUAUAAUUUACUUGUCGCUGAUAUAAUGAAGACCAAACUUUUCUACAUCUCAUACACCUCCAAGUACGCUGACCUUAAAGCGCUCCUGGAAAAUUCAGAUCUACGUUCAUAUCCACUGGUAGAUUCUGAAGGUAACUAAUUAAAUAUGCUAGUUUCUUUUUACUUGGAAACUUGUUGAAAAACUCUUAUUUGGGCACAUACUCUCUUUCCCAAUGUACCCCAAUUCCCCUCCCCCCCUCCCCCACCCAAGCCAAGGGUAUUCUAUGAAUCUUUGGUUGGGAACAUGCCACUGGGGCCCCAGAGCCCUAAAUUUUGCUACUAGAGAACUCCCCAAAUCCCUUGCUAUUGAUCACAGAGUCACUAUAAUUUUCUUUGCUAUUGAACUGGGUUGUAGGUAAAUUUAAAUUUGUUGACUUCUAUUUUUUUUUUUUUGAGUGGCAAUGCAUGCUUUCCAUAGUCUUGAAUAAAAUCUUCAACAAAUUGAUCAGUUUCCUGGAAAUUGAUACCCUUAUUCUAGACUUAAACUAUUUGAUUUGUGUACCCCAUCCCAUACUUAACUGCUUGAAGACCAUACCCUUCACAGCAUUAUUUCCUUAAAUAUGUACUAUAUAGCCUAUAUAUGGUAGUAUUACUCCCCCCAGGACACUCUUUUAUUGCUCAUCAAUCCAUUUUGAACAAAGGGCUGAUACUGUACCUCUCCACUAAGGUGAUUACAAGUGUAACAUGAAUUCGCUCAAAAUAAAGUUGAGUCAUUAUUGUGUGAGAAGCUGUGUGCUCUCCAGCCUUAAACCGGGUCUGUGGGGAAUGAAGUAAACCCAUCUGUGGAGACUCAGGUGCAGGAAGUCUUGGUGUUGUUUACAUGCUAAUAAUAAUAAUAAUGUUGUUGAAAAUUCCAACUUAGAUUCCAAAACUUCUCCUUGGCUCAACAAUCAGUGAAGAAGCAACUUCAAUCACUUUUCAAUCAACACAUGGGCAAAAAUUGAAAUUUCAAACCAGCAGCCAGGCAGAGAGUGAAACAACAAGGCUUUGAUUAAACCCCAGCUUGGACACACAAUAAGAAUCACUUCCUGAAGGUUCAAUUAAACCCAUCUCUGUGAAACUCAGGUGCAAACUCUUGGGAUGGGGAAUGUUAAAGACAAAGGAAAAACCCAUCAACCCAAAAAACCAGGCAAAAUUUGAAUUCUCAUUUGUUGCCCCUAUACAUUUGAUACUGAUCACUCUUACGGCCUAAAGGGUUUAAGUAGCCAUGCAUACACAGGCAAUCUAAUCUAGUGGUUUCUUGCACUGCUAGACUGUUCAGUAGUCUUUGUCCUUUUGCUCUUGACCGUUGAUUUAGUGGUACUGAUUACUGAAGAUACAUUUUGAAAACUUAAGAGGUUGAGCUUCAAAUGAUUUUAAAUGGACGCAGACUGCAGAUUAUCGUUUUCACCAUGCAAAUGAGUUUGUGACAACAAUAGUGCCAUUGUUUUCUAACCCUAAAAAUAAUAGUCCACAGUCAGUCUACAGUCUGCAUUUUACUCUGCCCUCCUUUUAAUGCUAAUCCUCAGAAACUAAUCUUUACAUUAUUUGAAGGUAUAGUGUGACAUUUGUGAGCGACAUUUCUUUCAGGGACCACAGCAGUGAUGGCCAUGUCUCUCCUACGACAGUUGAAGUGUCAGCUCAAGUAUCACAAAAAGUAUGUCUUGUUACAAAACAAUAACUGCCGGACAGAUCAGAUCAUCCAUUUGCUUACUUUUUUGUUCAGUCAGUCACAAAAUAUAAAACAAUCACUUGUGGAAUCCAAUGAUUAAUUUUAUAAUUUUUUAUGUUUAUUUUUUACUUUGAUAGUCAAGGUCUUGGAGAAUAAGUAUUUUAAUAACUUGUUUACAAUUGGCAAGUUUACAAGUAAUUUAGUUAGUUUUUCAUGUUUCAAAGAAAUAUUCUUUAACACCAGGGGAGGAAAUUCUUGAAAGUUGCACCAGACUUCCAGAACCCAUUUGAAUCUCUUCAUCAGUGAUGUUUGCUGUUAUUCGCAGCAAACCUCAGAGAAUGUCAUUGAUGAAGGGAUCCGGAUGAGUGCUGAAAGCUUUGCAUAACUUUCAAGAAUAUGUUGGUGUUGAAGAAUAAUUAUUUCUCUACAAUAUUGUUAUAAUGUCCCAACACUCAGAGUUGAAUCUCAAUUCGGUCACUUUUUAAUGUUUUUGUUUUACUCUGCAGGUCACAAGCCCAAGACUUUCCACUGGAAAGUCUCUGUUAGAUAAAAUAACAGGUACCCUUAAAUGCUUGUGUUCUUUGUUCAAACCUUGCAAACUGCAAAAUUGAAAUUCCCCGAGCAAUGCUUGAUGCUGUCAGAAAUUCAUUUUCUUUUUGAUGACUUGCAGUUUUUUUGUUCAUUUUCUAGUUCCUGCUAGACUUCAUAAGCUGUUUGGUAGUGGGUCAGCUCUUAAUGAUGCUGAGGUUGGUUUGUUCUUCCUUUUCUGAUUUGAAUUAUUUGUGACACUUUGUUCCAAAUAAAAGUUGCUCUAGGUUGCUAUCUUGUGCUAAAUUACACCAGCUAUCAUAAUGGUUAACAACGAGAAUGCCUUUUGUAUAGUUUACUAAUUCAAGUACAAAGCAAAGUUAUCACUUCCAGCAUUUUGGACUAUGCUGUUACAAUAUUAAUUUUACCUUUUAUCUAUUGCUAAAAUGAGCCUAAAGAAUUGUAACAUAAUUCAGUCUGAGUGCAAAGCAUGCAACGCAACUCUUAUAUUUCUCUCGUGUUUUCAAACUUCCUGGUCAUUCUUCACAGCUCAGUUACCAUAACUACUCUUUAAAUGAAAGAAUUUUGUUUUCUUUCUUGUAGAGAAUAGCUGAAGCAAGUGAUAAAGAUGGUCCUAAUGGAGAACAGGUAAGCUCAUUAUCACCUUGUUCUUGUGAAACUCAUCUAUUAUUCAUAACAAGGAAGUAAAUAUGGACUGUCAGCAAUGCUGACGGUUUGUUUUGAGAGCACGAUUCAUCACCUGCUCUUAAUGGUCUGUAACAGUGCAUCAGUGUUGGACUUGACUGAGAAUUCUUGACAAUUUGAAAAGCUAUAGCUGGCAUUUGAUUCUUAAUUUUUCAGUUGAUUAGAUUACCCUGACAUUGGCAUAAAAAUAUCAUCUGCUGUGUUCUGUUUUCUCAACCCACUCCUCGCCAUCUGUAUAUCAGAAGAAACACCUAAAACUGUCAAACAUCUAACCCUUUAAACCUUAAGAUCAAAAUUUGAAUUCUCAUUUGUUGCCCCCAUUCAUUUCCUAUAGAAGUAGUGGGAAGAAUUCGAAGUUGAUAAAAUAUCAAGCAAAUUCAUCCUGUGUGAUCAUGUCUGUAAUUCUCAUGACCUCUCUAUUUUACAAAGAAUUGAUAUUACAAGGAGAAAUUUGAUGCUGAUCACUCGUGAGGCUUAAAGGGUUAAUACUCUCCAAUGAAAGACUACAUAUCCAGAAAGAUGUUGUUGUUAAAUUUCUGGGUGUCAACGACAAUGGUUUAUCAUUGCCGUGAUGGCCAUUCCAUAAUUUACCAGCGUUCUUUGUUUUUAUCACAGCAAAUUCAAUGGGAAAGAGAACUACUACAGAGGACAAUAGACUACAGUAAUUGUCAAAUAGAUCCAGCUCCAUUCCAGCUGGUGGAGAGAACAUCUCUCCUUAAGGUAUAUCCUUUUUACAACAUUAUUUUCAAUACCUUAGCAUAUGGACAAAUAACAGUAGAUUAUGAUGUAAUAGUAUAUCAUAUAAUAGUAUAGCCCCUAACCCAUUAUAGUCUAUUGACAAUAGACCCCAUAGUAAGUUACUUUUGAGGCAAAAUUUAUCCAAGCCACCAUUUUACCCUAUAAAGCCCAGUGGUGGAUCCUAAAAUGAAAUCAUCUCUAGGCCCAAAAAAUUUUCUCAACCCCAAAAUCUCAAAAAUGUGUGACCCCAUUCUAGUAACUCUUAUGAAAAUGUAACCCCGUUUCAGUUGUGCAAUCCAUUAAUUCUCAAUCCCCAUUUUGUAUGUUGGGGUUGUUUUAAACUGAGUUACGAAUCAGAUCGCCCACUUACUAGAGAUUUCUGCUAAUAUCAGCUGCCCAUUAGAAGUUUUGUCAUUUUAGGUUAUUAAUGUUGAAAUUUAUCAGCCAGUUGCAGAAUUGCAGGUAGCCAUUCUCCGUCUCCAUCCUCCACCAAUACAUAGAAGCUUUUUGCUUCUACAAUGGCGGUAGCAGCAAAGGCAUCACACAAAAUUAAUAGUGAAUUCACACUACCUUAAACUUUUUCGCUCUUAUUCCAUCUUGUUCAUUUUUAAUUCUUCAAAAUGUUGGCAAAUUUUUCUGAAGUUGAACUCUAAAAGACUGUUAGUUCAGAAAAAGAAAAAUUAAAAUAAUCGUUUUCUCAUGGUCAUGUCCUUCAUAUAAUGUGAAAUUACGAAGUCUCACGUCCUGGUCAUGCAGUGACGGCAAAGAGAUGUACAAAAAUGUGUGAUGCAUUUGCAGAGUUGUUGUUUUGUUGUUAUCUGAACCUACAUGUAUGACUCUUUGGCCUUUCUUAUUGCCGUCACUAUAAUCUUUGUUAAAGCUCCUUGAUAUUGUACUGUUUGCAUCUACGAGCGAAUGUUAGACUUUGGUUUUAAUUUUAUUUGAUGAUGUCUUGCAGGUUCACAAGCUUUUUGCACUCCUUAACCUUUCGCAUGCUUAUGUGACUACUCUGGGUCGACUGGUGGGUGUUGUAGCUCUCAAAGAGGUAAGUAGAGAUCAGUAGAGCGAUUUUCUUAUGACCUUGAAAAAUGGUUUUGCUAAGUGUUUGUUAUUUGUUUUAUCAGCCAAUGGAUGAAAAGAUCAAAACAUGGCCUCUUCGUUUUCCCACCAAGGAAAACCCUAAUAUGGAGAAGGCAUUGUUUGAUUGGCCAAUCGUGUUGCAGUAUGAUGUUAAAAGCGAAGUAUUGAUUGAACUCUAGAAAGUUCUUCGGGCAUGAAUUUUCUUCAGCUGAUUAUUCACUUAACCAACCAAAAGCCAUGCAUGUUUGUAUCUGUUCGAUAUACCAAUCAAGUCGCUCUAUUUCUGUUUGUUUGUUGUUUCUGUUUUGUUUGAGCGUUUUCAUUCAAAGGUCAGGAUUGCAACAUUAACCUAUUGGCUGCUCUAUGCUACCUCAAUCUACAUGAAGAGUCCUUGUAAAUAUUUGUUUAAAAAUAUAUUACUAAUUAACACAGAAUUUUUAAACUUUCACUUUGAAUUUUUUUCAAGAGUUAUUGAACAUUAGAGACCCUCAUGAGACCCUCAUACCUUUUUGUCUUUUUUGGACACCUUAAUUUGGAUGACAAAUAAUCAUCUAAUUUCAAUGCACUUUUCACUGUGUGCAUUUCAGAUAAAACACUCCUUCUUCUUUUUGAAGUGUAAAUUCUCACUUGUUUUCAUUGCAGGUUCGCCAGGCAAUCGAAGGUGAGAGGUUUAUGGAUAAAACAAAUGUUGAUGCUGUGGAGGAGAUGGGUAGCGGAAGCUUUAUAUCAACACAGGAUCAUGAUGUUAUGCUUCAGCCAUACAAUAACGCGCCCCACCCCACUGUAGAAGUCUCUGAUCCUCAUUUAUAA